UCUCGCAGGUUCGUCCGGCAGCACAAUCAUCCCCGAUCUCUCGCUGGCAGCGUUCGCAGUGUCCGCAUCGUGCUGCUGAUCAUCGUUUGGACGAAUAUCCGCUGAUCCAUUUUUCGAGGAUCGAAAACGCAAACUCGACGUUUAAUUCAGAAGAAUCAGUUAAAUCAACCAAGCAAACAUGUGCGACGAGGAAGUUGCUGCGCUCGUAGUAGACAAUGGAUCCGGAAUGUGCAAAGCUGGUUUUGCUGGAGAUGAUGCUCCGCGUGCCGUCUUCCCGUCAAUUGUCGGUAGACCACGCCACCAGGGUGUUAUGGUCGGCAUGGGGCAGAAGGAUUCGUACGUUGGCGACGAGGCCCAAUCGAAAAGAGGUAUCCUCACACUGAAGUAUCCGAUCGAGCACGGUAUUGUAACCAAUUGGGACGACAUGGAAAAGAUCUGGCACCACACAUUCUACAACGAAUUGCGAGUAGCUCCCGAGGAACAUCCAGUUCUACUUACCGAGGCUCCCUUGAAUCCCAAGGCCAAUCGCGAAAAGAUGACGCAGAUCAUGUUCGAAACAUUCAAUACUCCAGCUAUGUACGUAGCGAUCCAGGCUGUGCUGUCGUUGUACGCUUCCGGUCGUACCACUGGUAUCGUGCUGGACUCAGGCGAUGGCGUUUCUCACACCGUACCGAUUUACGAGGGAUACGCUCUGCCGCACGCCAUUCUCCGUUUGGAUCUGGCUGGUCGCGAUCUUACGGACUAUCUCAUGAAGAUCCUCACUGAGAGAGGAUACUCCUUCACGACCACAGCCGAGCGUGAAAUUGUUCGUGACAUCAAGGAAAAGCUUUGCUACGUCGCGCUCGACUUCGAACAGGAAAUGGCCACCGCUGCCUCCUCGUCCAGCCUGGAGAAGAGCUACGAGCUUCCGGACGGUCAGGUCAUCACCAUCGGCAACGAGCGAUUCCGUUGCCCCGAGGCUCUCUUCCAGCCCUCGUUCUUGGGCAUGGAAGCCUGCGGCAUCCACGAGACCACAUACAACUCGAUCAUGAAAUGCGACGUCGACAUCCGUAAGGACUUGUACGCCAACACCGUUCUCUCCGGUGGUACCACCAUGUAUCCUGGCAUCGCCGACAGGAUGCAGAAGGAGAUCACUGCCUUAGCCCCAUCUACCAUGAAGAUCAAGAUCAUUGCCCCGCCUGAGAGGAAAUACUCCGUAUGGAUCGGCGGAUCGAUCCUCGCAUCGCUCUCCACCUUCCAACAAAUGUGGAUCUCGAAGCAGGAGUACGAUGAAUCAGGACCAUCCAUUGUCCACAGGAAGUGCUUCUAAGCGCCUUUUUUUCCAUUGCAUAUUAUCAUCCCCCGAUAUCCUUGAGACGUCGAGAGAUUAAAAGAGAGAGAGAGAAAGAGAGAAAAAGGGAGAGAAAGAGAGAGGCUUCUGUCUCGUUUAGCAGGCGGACACAACAUCAACUUCCGCGACGAUUGCCCUUGGAUUUUUUUUUUCCCCCCCAAGGGCAAAGGUAGCUUCUUUCAAUUUCGGAUGUACGUGUUUAAGAUACGCGUGACAAAGCGUGUUUGAUUAAACGAGAGGAGUGAGGAGCUUACGGUAUAUCGCCCUCCUCCCGCGAUUGUUCCUCGGUCUCGGCGGCAACCCAAAUAAACCGGCGGUUCGUUCUUGCUCGUUUAUAACGCGAUCAUUUCUCAUCAUUUUUCCAUUCACCGAUUUCAGUAUCACGUAUAACAAUCUUAAUUAAUUGAAUUAAUUUUUAAUCGUGUUAAUUAUUAUAAUUAUUCAUUAAUUAAAAAUUAAUUUAAUUAUUAAUUGUGAACGAUCUUAAACAUGUGCCCCGAUUCCUAUAAGCGUAAUGUUUUUUUUUUUUUUUUUACUUUUUAUCCUGUAUUGGAUUAUUUGUAUAUUAUAUAUAUUCGAACAACUUUUAUCGACAUAAGAUUUAGCUAAACGUUUCUCGCGAGACAUCCUUCUCUCAACGCGCGAGCAGAACGCUUCCUUUUUUCGUCAGGCUUGUCGUUUUCUCCAUCCUCCUCCCCCCAUCCGUUUCCCCUUCGUUGCUUCGCGCGCGUACGCUUUGAUUGCCAUUUUUCUUCGACAACACACACUCGAGCAAGAAACGUUCACGAAGAUUUAAACUCCUCCGGAGUUUGCUGUUUCGCGGGAAAGAUCGGUUUCCCGCGCGGUGACGUGACGGAGUUCGGACAUGGCAAUCAACGAUGGAAUGCAUUCCGAUCACUAUGCGAUAUUUUUUUAAAGAAGUCGCGUCAAAGUUGAAAAACGCACGUCAUUCCGCUCCGAGAGAGCUAUAAGAAAGACCUCGUUUAUAUAAUUUUUUUUCUAUUGCCGUUUGCAUAUCGUUGAGGGAAAAGAUGGCCUUUUGUCUUCUUUUUUUUCUUUCUUUUCAUGGUUUUUUUUUUUUUUUUAUACACGAUGGGGUAAACCGCUGAUCCGGAAAUACGAAAAUACGAACAUCCGCUCAAGCAAGGUAAAGAAAAAGAAAAGACAAAAAACAAAAAAAAAUAAAAUAAACAACCACGGUUUUGACCCCGCAAGCGUAGCCAAAGUAUUAUAAUUUAUUCCCAUUGUAUUGCGCAAAGACCAUUCACGUACACAUCUUAAAGACUACUUUAGACUUAUGGGAUUAUAAAAUAAAAGUCUGAAAAACUCACGAUUGUUAACUGUGUUUCUUGAAAUCGCAACAGUCGUCCGCAUCCCCUUACUCGCAUUCCCACUCGUCCCUUCACGCGUAUUUGUUUUUUUUUUCUCAUAUACAAUCUCGUAUACUCUCGUUUCAUUCAUGUUACUUUUAUGUAUAUGUGUCUUUUUAUUAUAAAUAUGUAACUCGUGUGUAUACAUAAAUAAUGUUUCGUAGCAA